AUGAGUUCAUUGUAUUAUGCGAAUGCUUUAUUUUCUAAAUAUCAAGCCGCAAGUUCGGUUUUCCCAUCCGGAGUCUUUCCCGAGCAAACUUCUUGCGCUUUCGCCUCCAACACCCAGCGAGCGGGGUAUGGGGCCGGAUCCACGCCUCCCUUCGCCGCCUCCAUGCCCGGGCUCUACUCCAGUGGCAGCGCCGUGCACCCCCAGCCCCCCAGCAUGUAUUCCUCCGGGUACGGCCUGGAGCCCGGCUCCUUCAACAUGCACUGUUCCCCUUUCGAGCAAAACCUCUCCAUGAUGUGCCCGGGAGAUGCUUCCAAGCAGAAUUGCAGCAAAACGGACCAGAGGGACUCAGAUUUGCAAAGCGACAGUAACUUCCGUAUCUACCCCUGGAUGAGGAGCACAGGCACGGACAGAAAACGCGGCCGCCAGACCUACACCAGGUACCAGACCCUGGAGCUGGAGAAGGAGUUCCACUACAACCGCUACCUGACGCGGAGGAGACGCAUCGAGAUCGCCCACGCCCUGUGUCUCACGGAGAGACAGAUCAAGAUCUGGUUCCAGAACAGGCGCAUGAAGUGGAAAAAAGAAAAUAAAACUGCCUGCUCCGGCUCCAGCAGCCAGGAAAAACAGGACGCGGAGGACGACGAGGAGGAGUGAAAGGGGCG